CACAGCUCACGGCAACAUGGAUCCUUAACCCCCAGUGAGUGAGGGCAGGAUCCAACCCUGUCGAUCAUUAGUCCUCAGAGGUUCAUUACUAAUCGGGUUCAUUACUGCUGAGCCACAACAGGAACUCCUGAAGGCAAAUUUAGCUUUGAGGUGCUGAGGUACUGGUAGAAGAGACUUACUCCCAAAUGGAGAGUUGAAGGCCAGGAAAUGGAUGAGAUCAGAGAGGGAGAGUGUGUCUGGAGAGAGGAGGGAUGAAAACAGAAACUGGGGGAACACCCAUGUUCCAGGAGGUAGGAAGAGAAAGAGGAGUCAGAGAAGGAGUGGCCAGAGAGAGGUGAGAAAAAAAACCCAGCAGAAUACCUUGUCACGAAGUUUUAGAAGAGGGGUGGCAAGAAUGGAAGACUGGGUGGGAAGGCCCCAAGGGAACAGAAGACGGAAACUGCCAUAGAGAUUGAGGUUCCCAAGGGCAUUUCAAUGAAUGAAGGCCUUUCCAAAGAGUCCACAAAUAAGCUGGAUUCCCAGUGUCUGGGACAUUUUAAGGCGGAGCCCUCCCGGAGGCCAGAGGAACAGGGCUGAGUGCUGUGAUCUCCAAAGACCUGGCGUUCAGCUCUGUAAUUAGCACUACCUCUCCUAACCCGAACCAGUCCCUCCAGGAACUGAAAAGCUGAAGAACGUAGUUGGGAGGGAUUUCACACCUGGCUCUUCGGCCCAGCCCGGUGAUGUCCUGUUUCAUCACGCAGCUCUAAUGACUCUCCGGGCUGUCACUCUCAUCUGGUAUUGCCAGCAAUCUGACUAAUCCCUCUUGCAAAAGUUUGCAGCAUUCGUCCAGACUGACUACAGCUCCCAGAGUUCCUGGGAGCUUCCCGGUGCCGAUUGGAUGAGCCGUCAGCUCCCGAGGGAGGUGUCGCCCCCGCCUCCCCGGGAAACAGGCAUCUGAUUGGCUGCGGCGCGGGGCUUUUGUGUCCCCGCCCUUCCCCGGGGACCGCAGCGGGCAGAGCGGCGCUGCUGGUGUCGGAGCCGGGCGAGCGCUGGCAGUUCCGCGGCGGGGAUGCUGAGGAGCGCUGGGUUUGCGAGCAGCCCUGGCCACUGCGGACUUCCGAGGUGAUCCGCACGGUGAAAACCCCUACGCCGCGGCCAAUCACAGGCUCCCGAGGUCAUUUACCCCUCCAGAAGCCAGACGAGCGAGGAGUCCAGCGCAGAGGCGGCGGUUCCCGGAUCCUGGGCUUUCGGAGCGUUCUGGAACCCCGAGAGACACCCCGAGGGCUCUAGAACCUCCCCAGCGGCCCCCAGUCCCGGCUUCCUGUGCUCGUCCGUCCGAAACCCCCUCGGGUGCACGGGCGGUCGGCGAGCCGCGGCUGGGUCCUGGCGCACACCAUGAUCGUUGCGGACUCCGAGUGCCGCGCGGAGCUUAAGGGCUACCUGCCCGGGGCUGGAGAGGAACAGAGGGAGAGCCGGGCUCGGCGAGGCCCUCGAGGGCCCAGUGCCUUCAUCCCUGUGGAGGAGGUCGUGCGGGAGGGAGCUGAGAGCCUGGAGCAGCACCUGGGGCUAGAGGCGCUGAUGUCCUCAGGGCGGGUGGACAACCUGGCAGUGGUAAUGGGCCUGCACCCCGACUACCUGACCAGCUUCUGGCGCCUUCACUACCUGCUGCUGCACACGGACGGGCCCUUGGCCAAUUCCUGGCGCCACUACAUCGCCAUCAUGGCUGCUGCUCGCCACCAGUGUUCCUACCUGGUUGGCUCCCACAUGGCCGAGUUUCUGCAGACCGGUGGUGACCCUGAGUGGCUGCUUGGCCUCCACCGUGCCCCUGAGAAGCUGCGCAAGCUCAGUGAGAUCAAUAAGCUUCUGGCACAUCGGCCGUGGCUCAUCACCAAGGAGCACAUCCAGGCCUUGCUGAAGACGGGCGAGCACAGCUGGUCCCUGGCCGAGCUCAUCCAGGCCCUGGUCCUGCUCACCCACUGCCACUCACUGGCCUCCUUCGUCUUUGGCUGUGGCAUCCUCCCUGAGGGAGACCCGGAGGGCAGCCCUGCGCCCCAGGCCCCUUCACCCCCCAGUGAGCAGAGCACACCUCCCAGCAGGGACCCACUGAACCACUCUGGGGGCUUUGAGGCCGCCCGUGAUGUGGAAGCGCUGAUGGAGCGCAUGCGGCAGCUGCAGGAGAACCUGCUGCGGGACGAGGGGGCAUCGCAGGAGGAGAUGGAGAGCCGCUUCGAGCUGGAGAAGUCAGAGAGCCUGCUGGUGACCCCCUCAGCUGACAUCCUGGAGCCCUCUCCAAACCCAGACAUGCUGUGCUUUGUGGAAGACCCCACUUUCGGAUAUGAGGACUUCACCCGGCGAGGCACGCAGGCACCCCCCACCUUCCGCGCCCAGGAUUAUACCUGGGAAGACCACGGCUAUUCACUGAUCCAGCGGCUCUACCCCGAGGGUGGGCAGCUGCUAGAUGAGAAGUUCCAGGCAGCCUAUAGCCUCACCUACAACACCAUCGCCAUGCACAGCGGAGUAGACACAUCCAUGCUCCGCAGGGCCAUCUGGAAUUACAUCCACUGCGUCUUUGGCAUCAGAUAUGAUGACUAUGACUAUGGGGAGGUGAACCAGCUCCUGGAGCGGAACCUCAAGGUGUACAUCAAGACAGUGGCCUGCUAUCCAGAGAAGACCACCCGAAGAAUGUACAACCACUUCUGGAGGCACUUCCGCCACUCAGAGAAGGUCCACGUGAACUUGCUGCUCCUGGAGGCCCGCAUGCAAGCCGCCCUGCUCUACGCCCUCCGAGCUAUCACCCGCUACAUGACCUGACUCGCCCGCAGGACCUGGGCCCAGCACAGCUGACCCUGGGGCAUCUCUCUCCCUGCAAGGACGUCUCUGUUUGGAGACAGACCCUAAUCCCCUCCUGUCCCACACCCACCCACCCUACUCUGGGGAUGGGUCUGUGUGUGACUGCACAGCCACCCCCGCCACACCCUCCUUCUUUCUCCCUGGAAUGGACAGAAUCAUUGCACUGACUCUGGGAUCUCAGCUCUGUCCCCUGAGAGCUGGAAGAGGACUAGCAGAUGCCCAGGAGGCUGGCCCUUCUCCCUGCCCCUGCCCCCAGAGGCCAAGGGCACAGGAAGGAAAAUGGGCUGAGCUCGGACUUAUGUGCCAACAGGCCAGGCCCCAGGCAGCACAAGUACCAUGGCCUUUCCUGGCCUGGGAAGUCCCUGGCUGGCCCCCGGGAGAGGGACAGUCACCUUCAGGGACUGACACUCCAGGCGGCUUUGCCUUUCCUCCUGCUUUCUCAUCUUCAGACUUCAUUACCUCCCACCUACCAUUCACCCAUCAAUGUGAAAGUCAAGGUCACAGCUGGUCUGUGCAUCCGGCUCCCCAAAAGUCUGUUCUGUUGGGCAGCCUGCAGGCGCUUGGUUCCCUGGCUGCCCCGAUGCUAGUUCUGUUCCUUUGACCUCUUUCACCCUCUUACCGUUUUCUCCCACGCCUAGUGAUAUGAGGCCCCAGGAAGAGGACCAAGCACGUAAACAAGUCAAUUAUCUCUAGAGCGUUUGGAGCCUCUACUGGUCCCUUUGCCUUCAGAAGAGGAGGGAGUAUUAGAGUAUGAAUUCUCUGUUCUUGGUUCUUUACAGGUGGGGUUUCUCAGGGCCUCUCCCCUAGAGCCACAGUUAGUGCCCAAGAGGAGGCAGACAGGUGAAUUCUGUUCUGCCCAGGGCCAUAUCUGCCCUGCAGAGACUGGCACCCCACUCUCCCUCCCAUCUCCAUGGCUCUGCCACAGACAUUUGCCAAAAAGGUGAGGCUUUCUAGGUGGUGUAGGUGGCACAUGGCUCAGGGGGGAGCGUCAGGGUUCUGGUGUGGGCCAGGUGACCGUGGCUCCACGAGCAAACCUCCCUAACCUCCUCCAUUUCCACCGCUGCAGCCUGAGGGGUAAGACUAAGUUUCUGCGAUGACUGAGACUUCACUCUGAUUCUCAGGCCAAUCUGCUGGCAGCACCCUGUACACCUUGCAGGAUCUUGGGGGCCCCCUGGGGAGCCUCACCAUCACCACCAUAACUCCUUGUAGUCUGUUCCUCCAGGCCACCUGCCAAGGACCUCCCCAUCCCCCAUCCCCACUUCUGUCCCUUCUCGAUUUUAGGGAGAUUGCUUGGAGGCAGAAGCAGCCAAGGACUGAUCCCAGGCACUUUCUGUAGCAAACAAGCUGUGAAUUAUGACUUCCCUCGCCCUUCUGGCAGUAUGUGCCUCCUCUCUGACCAGUUGGAAGGUGACUGAAGAAAGGCAAGGGCCACGAUGCUGCUGCUUCUGCCCCUCCUCUCGGGUGGGACGGGAGAGGAGCCUGGUCAUUGUGCCACAUUUCAUCCCCGUGCGGGCAUGGGCAAGUGACUGGCACCCCCUUCGGGCCUCAGAGCCCUCCGUGCAAUGAAGCUGGGCUGGAGGGAAGAGGUCCCAGCACUGGGGUUUGGAUUCAAGAGGGGACUGACGACUGUGAAAUUCCCCCGGUGGGUGGGGAGGGGUAUCCAGUGUUCAAGUGCAGAAAUCUUCGCCUUUGCUACCAGUUCUGUAUGGUGAGAAAUAAAAGUGCACCAAGGUUUUGUUUUGUA